AAUAUGAAAAGAUUGUCCGUAGAGCUAGAAGACGACGACGACUUCACGGGCUCAUUCCCCAGUUCAGGCGAUCUCCACUGCCGCCGCCUCCAUUCCAGUUCAGCAGCAGCUCUCAGCGUCGUUCCUUCUCGGCCCUCCACUAUCCGUGUGCCGGCCGUACUCAUCUCCUGCGGUCCUACCUGGUUAAAAUCCUGCAACCGGCUCAUCCGCCGCCACGCCGGGUCGCUGCGGAGCGCCGCUGUCCUUCUCCAUUCCCCUCCAACAAAGCUAUCCAAAAGCGAAGAGUUGCUGCUGCUUCUCGGACCCUGGGCGUGUCCGCCGCGAUGGGUGGAGGCGUCUGGGUUUUCCAGUUGGUUUCCCUUCUUGCGCUUGGCUUUGUGCUCAGCAGUGUCGAGGCUAGCCUGGGAGAUAUUGAUCCGCGGUACAGAACCUGCGUGAGGGAGUGUCAGACCACAGGGAUUACUGGGGAGAAUAUCAUCAGCCACUGCCAGUCCAAAGAGAAUGACACAUCUGUUGGAGGUUCUUGGUACAACCAGGAGCAAAUUUACGUGCAGUGGAAACAACUGAACUGUAUGACAGAUUGUCGCUACUUCUGCAUGAUGCAGAGAGAAGGGGAACGGCAAUCACUUGGCCUGAGCCCUGUGAAAUAUCAUGGCAAAUGGCCUUUCUUACGUGUUUCUGUGUUCCAGGAACCUCUUUCAGUUGCACUAUCUGCUAUGAACCUAUUAGUGCACUUCGCUGGGUGGCUUUCAUUUUUCCUUCUAGUGAAUUACAAAUUACCUCUUAGACCCCAGACGAAGAGAACUUACUAUGAAUAUACUGGCUUAUGGCAUAUCUAUGCAAUUUUAUCAAUGAAUGCAUGGUUCUGGAGCUCCAUCUUCCAUACUAGAGAUAUUGACUUGACUGAGAAGUUGGACUACUCUUCAGCUGUUGCGCUGCUUGGAUACUCGUUAAUCCUUUCAUUGCUAAGGACUUUCAAUGUCAAGGAUGAGGCUACCAGAGUGAUGUUUGCAGCCCCUAUUUUGGCAUUCGUUACAACUCACAUCUUGUAUCUUAACUUCUAUGAGCUUGACUAUGGAUGGAACAUGAAAGUCUGUGUGGUGAUGGCUGUGGUUCAACUUCUAUCAUGGGCAAUUUGGGGUGGUGUAAGCAGACACCCGGCACGACUCAAGCUUUGGACAGUUGUUUUUGGAGGUGCACUAGCUAUGCUUCUCGAACUCUAUGACUUUCCUCCAUACAUGGGCUAUGCCGAUGCCCACUCUCUGUGGCAUGCAAGCACGAUUCCACUCACGUAUCUCUGGUGGAGCUUCAUUAAGGAUGACGCUGAAUUCCGCACCUCAACACUCAUCAAGAAGGCAAAGUAAGCGAAGGGGCCACAGGUUGGUUAAUAUAGGAUCUGGGAGGGUACAGAUUUCAUGGUCUACUCAAGGAACAUUGGGACACAGUGGGUCAUCAGACAUUAUGAAAUGAAACCUCGGUAUAUUUGCCCCCCUUCAUGCUCAUGUCGUCAGUCCCAGAAAGACAUUCAUCUUCGUCCACUCGUGGUUUUGGUACACAAACUCAGCAUCAUCUCCUUCGGGGUACAUAUUAUGCCCUUCUGAUCUGUCUGCUGAUUGACCUGAACGUAUACUGUGAUUAAAUCGGCAUCUUAUGUUUUUCUUUUGUACUGGUGGGGCUCGCAAAUUUUUGUCAUCGCCUAUUCUAUUGUGCAAAAUUGGACUGAACAAUGGGCUUGAAACCUUUGUAAGAUCCUGAAGCCCCUUUUAUACCAAAAAAACAAAAUGUGGGCAUCAUGAAUUCCAACGCUACAAAGAUUGUAGCCGCCAUGGAGGGGACCCUUAGAUCCUGCUCUAAACUACAGUUCCAGUGGAUUUGAUCCA